AUGGCAUUGUUAGUAGAAUCACGGUCGUUUCGGCCGUUCAAGUCCAGUGAAGAAUAUCUUUACGCCAUGAAAGAGGAUUUGGCUGAAUGGCUGAACGGUUUAUAUCCCGAGCUCUACAUAAACGUAAACAAUUUUAUGGACAGACUCGAUACCGGCGUCGCUCUAUGCAAGGUAAAGUAAUAUUUUGUUUCAAUAAUAAUAUGUUAUUUAAUUGGAUCGAAGAAAUUAAAAUACUAAAAAUAACAAUAUUCUAUACUGUUACAUCGAAUCGCAUUCCGGUUGGUUUACAAUAUAUUAUAUUACGUCACCACUGAACAAUUAAUAUAUUUUAAGUCUCCUAUAUUAUUUUAAAUUAGCGAGUUUGAAUGUCUGUAAGAAUCGCACGUAAAAAAAAAAAAAAAAAAAAAUCGAUUUUAUUGGUAUGGACUUGGCAUGGACUUAACAAUUUAGAGAUAUAAUCCUUCGGGAAGAUUCCAUUUAAAAAGGUCAUAUUACUAUUUAACGAAAAUUAUUUUUAAACCAAGACAUUCUUCUAUUGAUGUCGAAUUCUCGAUUUAGAACGAAUUACUUAAUAUAGGAGCCAUGUAUGUGUACACGGAUAUAUUAUUAGGGCGCCGCCGUCGAAGUAUCAUUUUGGUUCAAUAAUACUAAUUAUCAACUCGGUUUAAUAAAGAAUCAAUGUAAUAAAAAGCUUAACAUUUUUUUUUUUUUAAUUGAAUUGCUUUAUUAACAACCAGCCACUAAUAUUUUUUCGUAUUCCAUAAUUGCAUAUAAUUGUUGUACCUAAUCUAAAUUGAUUCGAAUAUGUACACUGAACAUGCAUUCAAAUUAUUAUAGUAAUUAAUAAUAUGUAAAAUAAAAUAAAUUAAUCGAUAUAAUGUAGGUACUCCUAACGUAAUGUAUGUUUCAAAAAAAUAAAAACCUAAACUACGAUUUAAAAUUUAAAAUACUAUACCUAUUCAUUAUUAAAGAAAACGGGCGAAUUAUAUUUUUUAAUGACUCGAAAUUUUUUUUUUUUAAAUCGGUUGUUGUAUUUGUAAAUAUAAUUGCUUGUGCUUGCUUUAUAACAGGGAAUUACUUAUGGGCGGGUGGGUGAGGGUCUUAUAUCCCCCUCCUCCCAUUGACUUUAUUUGGUGUAGUAGGUGCUAAGUAUUGUACCAACUUCUAUCAGAAAAUAUGUAAUUUAUGUCUAUAACUAGUUAUAUUUUCUAUAACUUUAUUAAUUUUUUAUUUUUAUUUUAUGAUUCCCACGCCCCGUAAUAAUAUCAUAAUGCUGAAUAUGCUACUGAAUAUGAAUUGUUACGUAUUAAUAUUGCGCUUUGGUUUUUAUUUUAUUUCGGACGUAAUAUAAUUUUGUUUUAAGUGACUUAUAGUAUCUAUUAUUAUAUAUUAUAUAUAUAUAUAUUUUUUUUUUCAAUGUAUUUAAUAAUUAUUGUUAUUCCUCUCGCCAUAGCCUUAAGUGGUUGUAUAAUAAAAAACGUAAAUAGUAUAAGGGGACCCCCCCAUGAGGAAAUAACCACUUACCGACUUAAUUCUAUUAUAAUAAUAUAUAUACUAUAAUAUAGGCACGUAUAGGCAAAUCAGCUGCAGUUAUAAACGAGCCCGUUAAAAAUAAUAAUAAAAAAAAAAGGAAUGCAUUUCAAAUAUAAUUAUGCCUGUAUUAUGUGUGCAUUAUUCCAUAUUAUAAAAUCCGUUUACACAACUAUCCGUUUUAUAUUUAUCGUAUAGGCACCGCGAAUACAAUAAUACAAUGUUAUACAAUUAUUUAAGAGCGUAUAUUAUUUGCCAGGACCUUUUUUUUUUUUCCAGUAAUUUUUAUCGGUUGUGUAUUAUUAUUAUUAUGCACUUACCUAUAUUCAUUGUAGUUUCUAUUCCGCAUACCACCGCACUGCAGUAUACUGUAUUGUGUAUCGCGCAUAUGACCGUAGCCGCACGAUUUUCUCUUUCCUGUAGGAUAUCACGUACAACGUGUUCUGUCCAUUUAUUGAUGGGUUCUCCAUUAUACGCGUUCGAAACACCUUAAUGGUUCUGCAUAUAUUCGACCGACGGAUGGACGGACGGAUAAAAUCACAAAAAAAAAAAAAAAAAAAUCGAAUAAUUAAUUAAUUCGAAUUGUGUUACAAAAUAAGAUAGCAAUAUGAUAUACGUUCGGUUUACCGCGAAAAUUGAUAAAAAAAAAAUACAAAUACAAACAUGCCAUAAUUUCUGAUAUUAUUGUUAUCAGUUUUCUAGGAGACCACUUACACCACCUUACACGUUAAUGUUCAUUGAAAUGCUAUUUAUUUUGUAUGUUUUUAUUAUUAUUUUAUUUUUUUUGAACCUUGCAGAAAUCAUAGCUAUUCAAUUUUCGAUUAUGCGUUUAGAAAUAAUAAUACCGUGGACGACGUCAUUACAGAUGAAACGAGCCGUACUACAUUUUAAUAAUAUACGGGCUACCUGCGAUGAGUCACUAUCGUAGUUUUAUAAUUUUAUUAGCGUUUAUUUUUUUUAUUUGUAUACUCGCAUAUAUUACUUAUUAUCCUCGUUUUAAGUAUAAUAUAAUACUCGUGUAUGUAUAGUUAGGUCCUACAUGCAAAUUCUCGAGUUAUAUGCAAAUUCGGUUUAUUAUUUUAUCGUCGCUGUUUCGCCCGAUACCUAACCUUUGAUACAAUAAUUUAUUAGUCCGUUUCAACAGUAUUAAAAGCACAAUGCGAAAUAACCGAACUAAAACGGCCGCUGCAUGCAGGAUUUAUAGAAUAAUAUUAUAAUCUACGAGUUUCGUUUUAUUUACAAAGUCUUACAUUAAAAUAUAAUGUCGUAUGUAGGGUUAUUACUGUUUAAGUAGGUAUUUUGAUUUUAUCAUGACCUAUGGGUAUACUUUGCGACGCCAGUCAAAUAAAGGAUUUUAUAUUUUUUAAGUAGUAAAUAAUAAUACAAAAUUGUAGUACGCAUACUUGUAUAUAAUUACAGGAUGAUCCACGGUGAUCUUUGGUAAAUGCAAUAACUUUUGUGCUGUUCGAUUUAAUGAAGUUUUUUUCUUCUAAAAAUCACGGCACAAGGGGCCAAGUUAUUAGGUAUUACUCGAAUGCAAAAUAAAAAUAUCUGAACAGAACAAAAGCAUUGCGCUUGUAAAUUUGUCAGACCGCCGCGAAUCAUCCUGUAGUGUACAAUACUACAGUGUAUACGUUUUUAUUCAAGUUCAAAAAUGUAUUAUUUCGUUUUUGGUUCCCAUAGUUAAAUAAUUUUCGUUAUAUAUGUAUAUGACGAAUGACUAUUAUACUGAACUCCGGAAAUGCUAUACUUAACUGCUUUGUAGUGUCGGGAUCACUUAAAACGGAUUUUCAAUUGACUGCAGCGCGCACUGUAGUGAUGGGAUUUAUCACUACGGAAAGUAGAAAAAAAAAACAACAAAAAUAUAAUAAUGGGUUAUAACAAUAAAUAAACAAACACCUACUUAUAACGGAACAUAUUUUUAUCAACAAAACAAUAAUAUAAUUAUCGCUGUGUCAUUUUAUUUAUUUUUAAUGUGUUCAACUAGGUAUAUAUAAAUAAUUUCCCACAUGCGAUUACGAUAUUAAUAAUACGGCAUUUAUGAACCUUUGAAUUGUGCGCAGUGUUAUUUUUUUUGCAUUUAACGGUACGUGACCGACGGAAUGUUCCGCGGGUGUUUUUCGCGAGUAGGCGAUACCUAUAUAUAGUAAUAUAAUUAUUAGAAAUGUUUUUUCGGACAUCCGAAUCGGGUCAAAAUUAAUGGUUAAUGGGUCAAACUACCAUGUAUAAUGUACAUAUUAUUAUAACGACGAUGAUUUGCCAAUUUUAUUCACGCGUAAAGGUCGUUAAAUGAAAUCCGGCCGAAUUCUAAGAAAAAAAAAAAACAAUAUAAUAUUAUCAAAUAAAUAAAUGCGAAUAAAUUCAAUUGGCGUUGUCGUAUAUACAUUUUGAUAAAAAUAUUUAUUUAUGACGAUUGUCUAAAAAAUUAUGAAUUAAAUAUUGUAAAUUGUAAUAUAUUAACGUCACAAUAUCGGUACCAUGGGUCUCUUAAUUAUUUGAAUUAUUGAUGAAUGAUUAACUCGGUUUAACGCGUCGGAGCUUGUAUAUGUAAUAUUAGUAUGCAAUAACUAAAAAAAAAAAAAAAUUGUUAUUCAUUCAUAAUGGGUAUACACCGUCUUAUAUACGAAUCAAUAAUAAUAAUUAUGAUUUUAUCCUCUGCGGACGUAUUUUAUCGAUUAUUUCUGAUACUUAAAGAAUACUGCGAGUAUUCAAGUCUCUAAAUGGUUUUAUACUUUGAAAACAAAUUCAAAAUAUGGACUACGCGUUUAAUAUGUUUACUAUUAUUGCUGUUGAUUGGGUUUUUUUUUUUUUUUAAUUGAUCCUUGUUUAUUAUUUCUGCAUUAUAGCGACGGGAUAUUAAGUAUAAUUCGGAAUUUUAAAAAUAUAACUGCCAUGCUUUAGGAUUUUUUUAUUGUUUUCACUCGCGAGUAUAAGUAACAAUAUAUUAUUUUCAAGUUUUUGGCACAAAACUAUAUAAUGGAAUAAUUUAAUUAUGAAAACGACAAUUAAUGGCGGGAAAUAAAUUGUUGUAUCGAUUCGUUUUGGUCGUCGUCGUGCGCGGUAGGACAGAUUACGCUGACGGUUAUUCCUUCCAGUCUUUUGGAAAGCGUCGUCAUAGUAUCAUAGUGUCUGUAAUUCUGUAUAUAUAUAUUAUUUUUUGAUUGACCAAAGCAGAUGAGAAACAUAUAGUCAGGGUGAAACGAAAACUAUCUAGGCGUAAUAAUAUAACACUUGUAAAGAAAUAGAAAACGGCAAUACUUUCAACGCAAGUUGUUUCUGCAGAUUACAAUUUUUCCCGAGUAAAUGGCCACGGUUGAUUAUUGUUACAAUUCGAUUUGCUCUACAUUAUUGUCUCUUUUCUGCCGCCGUCUCAAAACUCUAUAUACGUGGACGUUUUCUAUAUACACCUAAAUGAAUAUAAAACCAUAAGAUAAUAAUAUAAUAUGGACAGUGUAGUUCUUUUGGUUUUGAAAAGAAAUAAUAAUAUGUCCGUCAAAGAGAGAUACUUUCCGACACUAUUAUACGAUUAUAUACCUGGUCAUUAUAUAAACAUGACAUAACGACUACCGGCAAAGAGUUAUGAGUUAUAAUCAAAUAGUAAAUUGUAUGCACAUACAUCACUUGUAUAUACAUCACUAUACAUAAAUGAGGUCCAUUAUAUGUCAACGAAAUUAAUCCGGCUUUUUUAGUAAUUGCAUCGGUAUAGUAUGGGACGCCGGGUAUAUAAUUUUUAAAACUAUACAAUUAUAGUGUUUUUCAAUUUGCCAUAUCCUAGCUCCUGCCUAUUAUUAUGCCGAGUCUUUAUUAUAUAGUAAUUUAUACUAUUUAAAGUGCAAAAUAUAUUAGAUUCAUCUUAUUGUGUAAUCACGAGCCGUAAAUAUAGGUUGUAGAUAGAGAGUAGUCGUAGAAAAUAAUUGGACGAUUUGGACGCAUAAGAACUUUAUACGAACAUCGAAUCGUCAUGUAAUUAUUAUAACUGAUUUUGAUUUAUUCGAAGUUUCGUGUUUUUAUGCUUCGGGUUUACUGUGUUUUUAUUAUUUGAAAAAACGAAAUGUGCAUAUAUUUUGUAAACAUAUGGGGUCAUUUGAAUUUCAUGUUGCAGUCAAAUUUUUUAUAAAAUACUUAUGUUAGUAUUUUUGUAAAAACGUUUUGGAAUCGUAUAUUCCUAAAUGUUAUAUUGUCCCUAUAUUUAAGGAUGAAACCACUACCGACUUUUUAUUUUUUAAUAGUAACCUAUAUGAAAAAUUUUAAUUUAUAAAUAAACGAAGUUUUAGUUCAAAUAAAUGUUAAUAUUAAUAUUUUUAAUUUCCGUCAACCCGUUGACGAGAUAUUCCAGUAGACGAGUCAUUAGCGUAGUAGUGGCGUUUAAAUAGUGCUCUACUUUAAGAAAUGUCAAUAAUUUUAGUAAUUUUGAAAUUUUAAUUUAAGAAAUAAGUAGCUUUAAAAUGUUACAUAACGAUUAUUUUUCGAUGCCCUUAUUUUAAGGCGUGAAACCACUAGGUGCUUAAAUCACUUAAAAGUGGAAUUUCGAAUCAACCUGUAUACGGAAAUUAAAAUUGUCAAUACCAAAAGGUAUUUAAUCUAAGACUUCAUGGAAGAUUUAGUUUUCGAAGACUAUUGAAUUUUUAAUAUUGGUUGCUAUUUUAAAGUCAAUAUUGGGUAAUGGCUUCCAAAAAUAAAGGGACAAAGUAAAAGCAGUGUAACAUUUUAUAUAUUUGAUUCCAAAAGUUAGAACAUAAAUUAUUUUUCGAAAAAUAAGUAUUUCAUGGACAAUUUGCCUAUAUUAUGCCAUUUUUUUUUUUUUUAGAAAUUUUCUUGUUAAAAGUUCACUGCAAGUAUUAGUAUUUAUAACGUAAGCAUGUAUGCACGGAUUAGGGUACAAAUAGGUGAGAAACCUUUUUAAAUUUAACCUUGCACUACAGUGACCGCGGGUAACAACGGAUUAACCUAAAUAAAUCUUGCCUGUAAAUGCAUUAAAGUUUAAUAAUACAUACAAAGUCACCGUAUUAGUGUUACGGUUUAUUCUCUAUUAUAAUGUAUAAUCUGUUCUUAUUUGAAAUAAAUUAAAAUUUACUUGUGUUGUAAUUAAAAUAUACCUAAUACAAUAAUGUGAAAGAAAACCAUCAAAGUAUCAAGUAUCAAAAUAAUAUACGUUUUACUUCAUUAUAGAUUAUUUUUAUGUACACAUUUUUUUUUUUUAACACAAUGCCCUAAUUUUGUAAACAUAAUAUUAUCUAUGUGUCAUUUAUUUUUAUUUUAAAUUUUGUAUGCAUCUAUGUGGUCAAUUUAAUAAAUAUAAUUGCCUUGACUAAGUUAAGUAAAACAAAAAAAAAAAACCAAGUUCAAUAUUCAAAAGAUAAAAGUCAAGUUAAAAAUUAAAAUUCAAAAAGAUGUCGACUAGUUAAACAAAUUUAUUAUUAUUUUUUUUUAUUACAAAAAAAUCAACAAUCAACAUUAGAAAUAUUCAUUAUAAAGUCAAAUAUAUUUAAGUAUUUUAAAUUUAUCUAAAAAUAAACUGUACAAACUAUCACGAUAAAUUGUAUUACAUAUAGUACUAACUACUAAUAACAGCCAAAUAAAAUUUAAUUUUGAUAAAAAUCUUUAGUCCUUAACUCGUUAAAUGUAUAAACUAGAACUGUCCGGAAGUUUAGGUAUUCAUGGAAAUUAACAAGUCAAGUUUGUACAACUAAUACUCAAAUAUAGUUUAGUCGACGAAAAAUUAACUAGAAUUUGCCUUUUUAACUGGUCGAUAUCCAUGAUUGUACCGAGUAUGUACCCCGAGUACCGUUACAUAAAAUGCAUAGCCAGAUCUUAUACUUGCGGUUGUUUUUAUUUCUAAACUAAAUAAUAUAACGAAACGAUUAAAACAUUAAUCGAGUAUAUACUAAGCGUAUUAUUAUUAACCGUAGCAUAUAAUAUAAUAUUUGUGCGGUUAAUGUAUUGUAUGAUUCAUAAUAUGCUCGCCACGUAGAAGGGUCCAGCGACAUUAUAGAAUAUGUCAAGUUUGUAUAGUUAACACCGCGAACGAGCUCUGGAAUAAACGUCGUUUCGCACGGUUUAUUGUACUUAACUGCUGUACGAUGUCUAUAUUGGCAAAUAAUAUGCACAUUUCGUGUAUCGUAACGUAGUGAAUGCCGUAGCAUAAAUAACGAUGGAGGUUUACAGAAAAUGCUCACUAUUCCGAUUAAUAACCUUGACAUGUAAAAAAAAAAAAAACUAGAACACGGUUAAUAGGUUCAUCAAUAAAGUUUCGAUAGUAGGUAAAUAUUACGUCUUAUUUUUACGAGAAAACCGUACGUAGGUGUCCUGCAUAUUAGCAAAUAAUAAUAAUAAUAAUAAUAAUUAUGGUUAUUUGAUUACCUAUCUGAUUGCGACGGACAAUAUUAUUAUUAUACCUAUAUUUUAUUAUGGUGUACAGAGAGUGGAGUGAAUUUUGUAUUGUUUCGGUUUACUUAAAAAUACACAGGUAUAUGAUUAUGGGUAACGGUUGAUUUUUUUUUUUAUUUCAAGGAUAAUUCAAUCAAUAAUCACGAAUCGCUAGAAAUUUCAUUUAGCAGUCUUAAUACCUAUUUGUAUAAUAGUUAUUUCUAGUUUAUCGUAUAAACAUUUCUUUAAAUCUUCUUGAAUACAAUAACUUUAAAGUAAUAAUAUUAUAGAGCAUAAUGGGUAUUUUAUUUUGUAGCACGCGAAUUGUGUAAGGAACUAUGCCGAAGAACACGUAAAUCGAAGACAAGCAGCUGGGAAAUCUAAUAUUAGCGGCAUUGCGAGCAUAGUCCUCCAGUUACCAGCCGUCCGAUAUUUACCCGGCGCUAAAGGAGGCACAUUUUUCGCUAGGGAUAACGUUUCGAAUUUCAUCACUUGGUGCCGGAACGGACUUGGCGUGUACGAGUGUCUGCUGUUCGAAACCGACGAUCUUAUAAUGCGCAAAAAUGAAAAACACGUGAUUCUAUGUUUAUUAGAAGUAUGUAUCAUUUAUAUAACAAAACAAAUAAAAUAAAAUUUGUACAAAACAAUAGUAUUAAUUUAACCGGUUGUCGUGUUUUACUAGGUCGCUAGACGCGGUGCUAGGGUUGGCGUACCAGCCCCGAUGUUAGUGCAAAUGGAACGGCAGAUCGACCGAGAAAUUGCAGCUGACAAAAAAUACGCCCAGUUUUCACAAGGCACCGAUUUCAACGAUGGCGACGAUACCGAUUUAAGCGACGGCGAAGACCUGACGGAAUAUAGUCCGCUGCCUCAAAUUGUUACCAACGAUUUAAAAAGUUUAGACGAAAUGGUAAGUUUUUUAAUAUUUAUCGAAUAGUUUAAAAUAAUGCGGCGGAAAUCGCUAUUAUGUCAUUUAGCUACGUUUAUUUCAGUUUGAAAAUUAAUUUCGUUGCUUAUAGCAUUAUUAUGAAUGGUCAGAAAAGAAAAAAGUAUUGACUGAGACUAUCGUAGUAAAAAUAAAAAAAUGUGUAAAACCUAAAAAUAUGUUGCGAGACGAGUAUUUUUUGUUAAAAAUAAUAUUAUCUAAUCUUUGUUAAUUAUUGGCUGUAGUAAUAAUAAGAAAAUAGCGCAAACAAAUAACAGAAAUAUUAUAUUCGUAAUUAUUAACUUGUAAAUAUCAUGAUGUUAAAUAAUAGCGUUUAGCGUAGUUUAUUACAAAUAAAAAUAAUUGCACAUUUUACAUUUCAGUUUUAAUGGACAAGUAUAAUAUACAAUUGAGGUUAUAAAAAAAUAAAUAAAUGGAAGGCGGUUAUUUUAUCGAAUAAAGCGUGGAAAAUAUAUAAUAUAAUAUUGUGUAUAAAAUACAUUAUUUCGAUAAAAACCUAUAAUUUGUAAUAAUAUGUAAAUUUAGUCGUGUGUCUUAAAAAAAACAUGACUAUUUUGUAAUUUUUUUGUAUUGAAAAAAAUUAUUUUUACGUUUUAUUCCACGUCGUGAUGUAUAAAUUAACAUUUAAUUAGUUUACGCGUAUCGAGUACACUUCGGUUAGGUAGUUUGCCAGGUCAUCAUUAUUAUUUUAAUACUGAGACACAAAAUGCUUAAUUUUUUAUUUUAUUUUUUGGUUUUAUUUACUUACACCAUGAUGUUCGGGAUAAAAUUCGUAGUGUAUUCCUCUUCUAUCUCCGGGUGAACGCCUCGCAUAACCUUGAUUUUAUUGGACAAAAAGAAAACAUCGUGACAUUGCGAAUUAGUGAAAACAAAGCGUUAAGAAGUUGCCGACCUUAGCCACCGGCGUGGCGUACCCGGGGCACAACUCGCACGAACGCAGUUGGAUUGUGAUUGAUACACCAUCACAUCAUACGCCGAGCCGACCGACGUAAUUAAAAUUUAGUACAAUGACACGAAAAAUAAAUUCAGUGAAAUGCGCAGUUAUAAUGCUAAUUAGAAAAAAAAAAAAUCACAAGUCGGCAAUGCCAAAGAAAGUCCACUUGCCGGCGCAUGUUUAUUGUAAAACCGAUGCAUUAUGUGCACCUAUUGAAAACCGUUGUUGUAUAGGGAAAUUAAUAUACAUUGUUUUUCACUAUUCAAACAUUAAGAAGAUAUCAUACUCGUAUGCGCUAUCUUCGUCAUUAUACGAACGCACGACGUGGCAAAAUUAUAUUAUCUCCUUAUUACGUAAAUAGUGGCGUUUAGAUGGGAAUUAGAGUUUUUUCAUGAAUAUGAAAAGUUUCAAAGUAAAGAAUUUCCGAGGUCUGUAUCUAUGCAGGUUUUUUGCGAACAAAUUACAUCCAUGUUAGUUUUUGCAUUUUUUUAAAUAGGUAGCUGUAACUUUUUUGUGUGCAAUUUUUUUUUGGAUAUAAACUUCGUAUUACCCUCGUAAGUAUUUUAUUUUAUACAUUUUGUUAUUUGUGUUCAAACUCCAAUUUCAACGCCAGAAUUUACGGUCUAAUAGUAAUGUAGUUUUUCCAUGCUGCCCGUUAAAACUGUUUAUUCAUUCGCACUUGCCACCUCCAUUCGCACUCGCUUUAUUAAACUGACUGCUGCAUCAGCUGUACGUCGCCCGCAUCGGAUGUGACGUCCUCUUAGAUGAUUACAUAAAAAAAGUAUUGAAACUUUUCGAAGUUUAAAAAUUAUUCUAUAGUAGUUAUUGUUUAUUAGUAUACCUAUAUUAUCUGUAUUCAAUUUGCAGAUUGUUGAAUUUAUAUGUAUAAUUUUAACAUAAAGACUACACACAUUUCAGACAAUUUCAAUAUAUUCUUAGAGCUGUACUAGGUUUUAAUUUUUGAAAAUAUCGUAAUUUCCAUAAAUGCUGCAUGCUUACCAAUCUAAAUAUUCGGUACAACUUAUUGUCUAAAAUUAUUAUUUUUUGUACGUUACACAACAAUGUGCAGUUUGUCAUCCCAAUAUUUUGUAGCCAAUGUUCGAUCUUCGUUUGGGACCUUAUAUGGUAGGGGACUACACACGAAUCUUUAUGAAAUUUCUUUCUAUAUAAAAUAAAUACCAAAAAAAAAAAAUCAUUUAAAUUAUGAAAUUGAAACCAGUUAUUUCGGUAAAGACAUUGAUGUGGGCUGAUAACUAUUAUAUUGUAUAAUAUUUAAAUAGCUAUUUCAUAUAUAAUUAUUGUCUUUAAGAACUUGAAAAAUCAUGAUAAACAUUAAUUUAUAAUAACAUAUUUUUAUUAUUUGAUGUUUGAUAAUACGAGAAAAUUAAUUACAGUUCAUUAUUGAUGCUAUCUUAAAAUUGCUAUAUUCUUCAAUAAACAUAAUAUUGAACACUCCAAUACAGUUAUAAAAUUAGAAUACUUUAUAACUGUAUAUUUAUUUCGUAUUAUUAUAAAACGUGUUUACUAUUUGUAACGGUGAAAAAAUCAAUUUGAAACGUAUUGUGUAAUGUUAAUAAACAAUAAUAAUAAUAAACCAAUCAAAUGCUGUGGUUAGGUUAUGCGGUUUUAUAAUUUAUUACCUAAAACGUCAAUGUAUUAUACAAUUCUGUACAACAUUAUACGAAUAUUUAAUUUUAUGAAUUUCAGAAAUAAUAUUACUUCCCUAAAACUUAAAUUUUUGAAAUGAAAAUUACAUAAAUUUACUAGGUUAUAAAAAAAAUACAUUCAUUCUUUAAAAAUAAGGAGGUUUUCAAUGACUAUUGGACAGCUUUUUAUGUACUAUGAUUAUAGUAGUUACCUUGUAUUUCCUGAAUUUUGAACUUAAAUUUAGACGGUUCUUUUUUUUUUUUGCAAAAGGUAUUUAAUCAACAUCAGAUGAAGGAAGAGUGGGUGCAGGAGUUUUAAAAAUCGUUUUUUAUCAUUAAUUUUUUUCCUUACUUAUACCUAUCAAUAUAGGUUAGGUAUAGUUUGUAUACGAUUAUACGGUUAUUAUUUUCCAAUUUGUUUUACCAUGUACUCUAUGAAAUUGAAUUCGCGAAUUUCGGUGUACGAAUACUUUCUAAUAUAUCCGAUGCGAAUGAUUCGUCAUCACUAGAAUCCGCUGGGAAAAAUUCGCGUACAUAUAACCAAUGUUAAAAAACGUUCGAAUGUCAAAUAAAUACAAAUUACCGUGUUCGGCAAAGUCGACGUGGUUGCCGUACCCACAAAAUCUCAUCAAAAUGCUAUUAUUAUUAUUAUUUUUUUUUUAUACACAUUAGUCAAACCGUGUUGGUUAUCAUUAUUAUUUUUCGUCUACAGGUACGGGAUCUUGUAGAAAGGUGCAAGUGUCCGACCCAGUUCCCGAUGAUCAGAGUGUCCGAAGGAAAAUACCGUAUUGGCGAUACUAAAGUUUUGAUAUUUGUCAGGGUAAGUAUAUCGCAAUUAUAAUACUAUAGCUCUACGUCGGUCUCGUAAAGAAUUUUUGUCCGACGAAUAAUAAACAGGGCUGCAGGGGACAUAAUGUCCUAUAAAAUCCUAACCAAUGCUCUUAAAAAAAAAUUUCCUUUUUUAUGCCCCAAAUUUAUUUUGUUUUUAAUAAUUUUUGUAUUAAUGAUAUUCGAAUAGAAAUUUUAAACAUUUUUACUCACAGAACUAUAACAGAACAGGCAUAUUAGAUUUUGAUUUAUUUUAUUCUGAUUUUAUUGUUUUAACAGAUUAUUAAACAUGGAAUCUAGUGAUUUUAAAUAUACCACGUUAGUUUUGCCAUAGACAACGAAAUUUAUAACUAUACUUCUUUGAUUAAAACAUAAUACAUAAAUAUAUAUCUAGCAUUUUCCGCUAUAAAAGUUACCAUCGAAAAGAUAUUCAAACGUCAAAAAAUACCAAGUUUAUGAUUAAAUGCAUAGAUAAAAAACAUAAACCGUGACAAAAACUCAGGCCCUUAAGAGUCUUGUAAUCCGACCUGCCUAUUGUCCAAUAAUAUAAUAUACGAGUACUUAUACUUGAUAGUUUGUUGUAAACGAAUAUCGUAUUAGCGCGCGGGUAAUACAAAUUUUAAAUUUCGUAUCCAAAAACUCAGAAACUUUUCGAGCAUUUUCAAAUAAUGAAAAAAAUACGACAUUAAAAUCAAAAACUCUUCGAAAUCCUUCGGUUCCAAUAAUAAAAUUCGAUAUUAUGUCGUUGAAUCCGACGUGCACACGUACCCGUGUCAUCUUCAUUGUUACUGUUAUUAUAUUAUUACAUUAUUAUACUGCAGAUACUGAGGAGUCACGUUAUGGUCAGAGUAGGCGGCGGUUGGGACACGCUGUCUCAUUACUUGGACAAACACGAUCCGUGUCGAUGCAAAACCGGUAAGUCACUUUUUGUCUGUAUAACGGACAACAACAAAAAAAAAAAAACCUCGUACCUCGUCUGAUGCUAAAAAAACACAUUACUACGUACUAUUAUAAUAAUAUAGUAUCUAUAUACGAAUAUGUAUGUGUAGUAAGCCGUACGUUAUUAUAAUGUCUCGCUGCCCGCACCGUGUACCUACGUAUUAGUGCGUAUACACAGUUUAUAGACGGCUAGGAAAACAAAUAUUAUAAUGUAUAAUAAUAAUAUUAUGUUUCUUAUUACCAAGGUCGACGAUAAUAAUAAUAAAUACUAAUACAAGUGCGUAGACCGUGUUUCGCCAAGAAAUCGCGAUUCUUAUUGCGUAAAAAAAAAUAAAAAAAAAAAAUGCCCACCGGACACCACACAACAUACGUAUUUUUUUGCGUACGCGUAUAGAGUAAUAGGUUAUUUAGUUAUUGUAGAUUUGGUCAUGCGUUUGUAGAGUUAUUUUUUUUUUGUUUCAGUAGUUUUGAGCAUGCAUUUAUUAUUAUUAUUUUUUUUUUCUAUUCGUUUUUUACUCGUAAAUAUAGCUCAUCGAGCGCCGGUGUCUGCGAAACUGACGGGCGUCAGAAGCGGCGGGCCCACGUUGGAAAUAUCGCACGCCCAAGUACAUUACGAAAGGUCAGUACUUUGUUUAUACCUAAUUAUAAUAAUACGUUUGUAUAGCAUAACAAUAUUCUAGCACGUGUGCAUGCAGUAUUUUUUAUUUUUAUUUUUCUACAUAGACAUAACAAUGAUUAAUAUACCUAAUAUGUACGCGCGUUAAUAAUACAAUAUAAUACACUAGAAUCGUGGAAUAAUAGCAGAAAAAUGUCGGUACCGAAAUCGAUUUUUUUCACAAUUGUAUUCUGUGCGAUGAUAACGAUUAUAUAGUAUUUUGGCUAUUUCGCGUAAUUUUAUGUUGCUCCGGUAUAGGAAACGGGAGCUCAUACACGAGGUGUAGGGGAUUUGGAGGGGGAACUGAUUCCCCAGUUUUUUAUUUUCCCAUAUAAAUUUAUACAAUUUUGUAUGUUGAUUUAAAAACACAUCUUCGCAAGGAAAUUUGUUACCACCGAUCCUUCAUAAAAAAAGUUAUGCGUACACGCCAUUGGUGUUAGGGAAAUUAACCAAUUAUACAAAAUUAAUAUAGCUAAUAUAUGUUAUGUCGAUUAAUUUUUUUAAAACCACGGUACAGAAUAGUUAUUAGUUAUUAUAUUCUCGAUUUGAAUAUAAGUAUGAAAAUAACAAUAUUAUAUUAUAUGUUUUAUGGCGUAAAUGUUAGGACGAGACGCGUGUUCUGUAAUAUUAUAAAAAAAAAAAUAAUAAAAAAAAAAUAGAGUCAAAAUCUCAAACGGUAAUAUUAUUAAACGCUCAUUAUCGUCGUCGGGUCGAGAUAUUAGGUGGUGGUUUUUGUUCGUCUGCUAACGACACUAAUAUAAGUAGGACUGUGAAUUUGUAGCAAAAUAGAUUCGUUUUAGUUGGUUAUAUAAAAACACAGCUUUCUAAACACAAAGUUUGACGAGAUUUUUUGGGUUGGUUUUUGCCUUUUUAGAUAUAAUUUAUUAUUAUAUUUUUAUUUAACAGCACUAUUAAUAUUUUCGUCAAUUUAAAUCGAAUAUAUGAUACAAUUGAACCCGAAUUUUACGAUUUGUAUUUCCGUCAUUAAAAUGUUCCAUACGAGAGCUGUAUCACGCGUACCUAUUACAACGAAAUUCAUAAAUUUCAUUGAAAUUCGAUACCUAAGUUGUUUUAUUUUUGAAAUUUUGAAUUUUUUUAAUUUUCUGAGAUUUAAAAUGUAUUAUUUCAAUAGCUUUUUAGUGCAUUAAAUUCACAGUCCUAUAUUUGAUAACUAUCACUGCUUCUCUUUCGGGAUCACGUCAUCGCGUUUAAUUUUGGUCCCAAGUUCUAAACAGUGACCUGUAUUAUCUCAAAAUAUAGAUCGCCGCCGAGGACGCGCCGUUCGUCCACGUCUAGCACGGGCAGCAGCGGCAACGGCGGUUACUCUGGCGGCUUAAACCUGACGUCCGGCGGUCUGGCCACGGCCAAGCGGAUGAGUCGUCGCCGGAGUAGAUCGCCGUCGCCGCGGGUGCAAUCGACGUGCAAACUGAGUGCGCCCGUGGAUGCUGCUGCGGGACGCAGGAGCAGGAGUCCGACACCGCGGGCCACGGACCAUUUGGGCGUACAACGCGCGGGCUGCAGGUCUAGGUCGGUGACUCCUUCCAACAGAAGACGCAAACAGCGAUCCGUAUCGCCGUCUUUGCAAGGCGGAGGUGGCGCUGAUCGUCUGCUGGUGCCCAACAACGGACAACUGAUGCAGCAGCCGUCCAACGACACCUACAACCGCAGCCGCUCGCCGUCGACUGCGCGGCGAGACUGCAGCGGUGUGGACGACACGCCAACUCCGAAAAUAUCGCUCAACUUCACGUCGGAACUGGCCACCGAAAUCGGCGACCGGCUAUUCAGAGAGUCGUCCGUGGACACACUGCAACGGGGCGGCGGUUGCUCCAGGAAAGCCAGCAGUGCGGACGUGACGUAUUACGGUGGCGGCGGCGGUGACAACGACGACAUAGCCAUAGACACGUCGUCCACAUGCCGCGUGUCGGAUAACUUUCGAGGUACCGAACAAUAUCACGUGCUCAACCCCACGCCCGUGACGGCCAUCGAAAGAAGGCACUCGACCGUCAAAGAAGAAGAGUCCGAAGUGGACACCACGCCGUUCCGUCGCGUUUCCGAUAACCUGAGGGUAGUGUGUAAUGACGGGCCUCUGCAGCAGCAGUCUGUGGGCAGGAAGAAGUCGCAUUCGUCCGGUCAUCACAAGGACGCUGCAAAGGAACCCGUGGGUACGGACAGCGGUUCCGAAGUGUCCGACGAAGGCUACAGGAGCUUGGGGGUAGUAACCUCACCGCCGGCCAACUCGAACGCGAAGUCUGUGCAGAAAUUCAACGGUAAGCUUACAUAGUAUUACGAGUAUAAUAUUAUAAUAUUGUGUGAUGGAAAAAAAAAAAAAAAAACACUUGUUUAUUAUAUUGUCGUCACUCGCAUCAUACACACAUUGAUUUGUACACUUUACGGAUUCACGGUGUUUUCGACAAAUAUGUACGUACUCGGGAGUUGUGGAGGGCACAGAGGGAUAUUUAGUUGAGGGAAAACAAAUGUAAUGUUUCAAAAUUAUUAGAAUAUAAUUAAACACUUCUUCAAAAAGCAAAAAAAUUUGCGUUCAGCAAGAGCGACUUUGUUAGUUUAAAUAUUACAAUGCAUUGACCGAUUAUCAAACUUAAAAACGAGAACAUUAUCCGCGUAACGUGAGAUAUGAGCGUUAUUAAAUUGUGAUAUUUGACAUACGGAUAUCUAUCAUAAGAGUUAAAAUAUCGCGAAAAUAGUGCGAACGUUGCACGGAUAAUGUUCUUAUCCUUUAAGUUUGAUAAUAGAUCGAUUCAUUCUUAGAAUUAUUAAAGCACGAUUAUAGAUAUUACGGUUGUCCAACGACCUAUAGGACCGAAGUGAAUCCCAUGUAAAAUCAGCUGGAUUCUAGACUGCUAGCGCUCGCAUGACGGUGUGAGAAAUGUCGAAAUUUAAGAAAUUCCGCACAAUUUUUCUUGUACUACACCGGUACAAUAUAAAUCCGGUCGGAAGUUUCCGUAUCCGCAAGUAUCUCGAUACGUCCCGUCAAACAUGUACGUGGGAUUUUUUAACUCGAUAUUCUCUCACACCUUCACAUCAGCGCCAGCAUUCUAGAAUUCAGUCGAUUCACUUCCGCGGAUAAUUGUUGACAGUCCUAUCCUAUUAUGCUAUAUAUAUAGUAUCUAUAAUCGUAUAUUAAAGCUAACAGCACGAUGAUGGCCUUGCCGAACGGAAAUUCACUAUGUUUCACGUUUGUAACUGAUCGAGACUACUGCGCAUGCGGGUGUCACGCGUUUCUCAACGCGUUAUUAACAUAAUUUUAUUAUUAUUACUUAAAUUCAAUUUAUCGCUUUCGGACCGCCGACGACAUUGACAUUGAUAUCUAUAUAUUCUAUUGGUAUUUCAGAUAAAACAUCUAUAAUUCGAUGUAAAUCCGCGUAUCCGCGAUUUCGUGUCAACGGCCUUAAAAAAACGAUUUUCGUUUAAUAUAUCCGAAAUAUUAUUUCCGAAGCGGAGAAUUUAAAAAAAAAAAAAAAAAAUUCGAAUAUUAUUGCUGUUUUAUAUACGUAGGUUGUAAAUAUUAUCAAAUAUAAACGACUAGUGGUUUUUUCCGUCGUAUAAAAAAAAAACCGCGUAAAGUUUCCAUUUAAAAUCAGAGUUAACAUUUUUUUCUCUGCCCGCCGCGAUUAGUACGACGGACGGUUUAGGGUUAACCGUUUAUUAUUUUUGAUUUUAUCCACUUAUCUCUUUCACCGUAUACACGAAAACGAAACGAAUUCCUCCGGUCGUCGGACUACACGAAACCAUCACAUCCACACACACCGUGGUUAAUUCACGUAACACAUGUUAUAAUAAUUAUUUUACUACACUGCAGGACCACCACAAAGAAUUAAUUAUGUGUAAUAAUUAGUUUUUUAAUGUUACCACAGGUACCGUCCUACGCGCGCGCUCGCGUAUAGCUACGAGCGUUUUGUCACGAUUGGUAAUCUCGUUUUAAUAAUAAUAUUUAUAUAUAUAUAUAUAUAUAUAUAUUUUUUUUUUAAAUUAUGUACCGAAAUACGUAUGUUAUAUUUUAUUCGUACGGGUAGUAUAUAGAUUUCGUAUUAUAGUAUAUAAUAGUCUUGUAGUGAGUAAAAAAAAAUAAUAAUAACCCCGCGUAUAUAUAGGUGUACAAACGAUUUGUAGAUUUAAAAACAGAAAAAAAAAAAUGUUUUCGUUUUUUUGCAUCAAAAACAAAUACAUGUUAGAAUAUCGCUUUGCAUUUUGGUAGAAUAAAUCGUGGUUUUUGUCCGUCUCGUAUGAUAAUAUUAUGGUCAUCUCGUGCAUGCUUUUUAACUGAUCAUAAUAUUUAUGCGCGUUCUCACGACAAUAAUAUUAUUAUAAUAACUGUAUAUUAUGCGGUUUCUAUCCACACUGAUUGCGUUUAUAAAGUUUACGAAUGCGAUUAUAAUAAUAUUAUAUUGUGUUAUUUAUGUGCGAGGGAACCCACAGGUUGUGGCGAUAGGUACGAAAACCGCGAAGGAUCGAACAGGUAGGACGGAUUGUAUUAUUUUUUAAUAAUAAUAGUAAUAUUAUGUUGAUGAGGUAGUCUGCGGGUAUAUUACGCAGUGUAAUAAACUAUAAUAUACUCGCCUCCUACGAUUGUAGCGAUGUCUAAGAAGCCUAUUGGCUCGUUACCAUCGCGAUUCGCAAUAAUUGAAUGCAUAAUUUUUUACCUGCGACGUAGUUCUCGUACCGGACGGUUUCGCAUCUCGUCACAAUUUCGGAUAUUAACAAAAUUUCAUUACAUAAUUACUCGGGUUACACAUUUAUUUUGUUUCAGUGGGGAAAAAAACCGGUCUCAGAAGAGGAAUAAUGUAUAAUAUAUAUAUAUAUAGAGAGAGAGAUAGAGAUAGUAUUAAAGUAUUAUUUCUGGAUUUACGUUAAAAUUCCGUAUUCUUUAUUUGUAUAAUAGUAUAGGUACUUUCUUGGGGGGACGGACAUAAUUUGUUUAGGCAUUAUACAGAACAUAAUAUGACACACGUCUUAAGCCGAACAAGCCAUCGGAAAGGCGGAGGAUUGCUUUUUCAAAAUCUUCUAUUGAAAAUUCCGGCCGUAAAAACGCAAAAACCCGUGUUAUUACGAAACACCUCUUUCCAAAUGAAACGACGCCUGUCCCGAUUUCGGUACGAUGCGUUAUUAUAGAACGAUUUGGCUGGCGUCAUAGGUGCAACUAUGGGGGUAAUAUGGGUCCUCAGCACCACUAAAAAACCCAAUCAAUUUUUUUUAUAUCAACGACUAAAUAUUUUAUUCGUGUAUUUCAUAAUUAACGAGCAGAACAAAAUAUAGGUUUCCUGCAGACAACGCACGUGUGUUUGAAAAAUAAUGUUAAGACAUUUAUGAUAGAUUUAUGUGUAAAAAUUUGUAAAUGGAAGGUGUAUGUGUAGACGACUAUUGUAAGAGUCGUGUUAAGGGGAUUGUGGGGGCAUAGCACCCACCACGAGUUUUUGAUGUGACUGUAAUUUUAGCACCGCCAAAGUUGCCAAAAACACAAACUCCUACACGACAAUUAAUCCAGUCUCGGGAUUGGUUUCUGACAGUCAAAACCGAUUCGUAUGGGGCGGGGACUAGUAGUCAGGGAGCCUGUUAUCAUUUUAUUUAUUGUUAUUUGUUUGCGCUUGCAAUUGCCUAUUUGUAUCGGUAUGUGUAACGCGCUCACAUACAAUAGACGAGAUUCGUUCUUAUCAGGAUUAAUAUAGUCUUGCACUACUUAUUCUACCACAAUCUCGGGCAAUCCCGAUAGAGUUGGUCCGAAACGUGUUCCGACAUCUAGAGCUCCGGAUCUCUAGGCAGACGAUCGGUCCGCGCGAGCAGUAAAUCGAUCGGUCGACAAUUAUAGUCCCGAAUUCCGCGUCGGAGCGAACCCGAAGCGCGGAAACGACGGCCGAGAGAAUCGGCGGUAGCGGCAAAAAGACGUUCGAGGAAAAAACAAAUAAAAUAAAACCUAACCCCCUUCAGAUGUCACCCGCGUUAUAAUAUUAAUAACAAUACCGACCGUCCGUAUGAAAAACGGGGGUUUGCGCAAGUCGCGCGCGCGAUUUAAUAGCGGCCGGUAGCGCCGACACUGUUGAACGAUUUCAAAACCGCUUGGAGUUGGCGCGAAUACGGUACACCGGCCGUCCCCGCGGAUUCGGCCGAUCGCCAGUCCGCGACGACAAAUAGUCGCCGCCGCCGCCGCUUCCCACUCGCGACGCGUUACGAAAAUUACCACGCCGAGACUACCGGUGUCGAAACCGACGUGUUUUUCCCCGUCGCCGUCGGCCUAUACGCCGUCGCACUAUAUAAAAUAAUAUCAAUACGCGGGCUCGUACGUACGAUACGCGUGCGUAUCAUAACAUUAACGGUCCAGCGGACGAUAAUUUAAUCCGCGCUCGUUUCGAACGCGCGCGCGCCGUUAUUGGCCGCCCACAUUCUGACACGCGGCCGCCGAGCCGAAAUCGUAUACUUAUUACGUGCACGUUCGUAUGCGUACCUACGCCGCCGCCGCGUAGUGGAUUCGGACCCGCGCGUUUUGUGUAUUACGGGUUUUUCUCUCUCUCUCUCUCUCUAUUUCUCCGCCCGUACCGUAUCGUCAAAGUCGCCUACGCGUUUUAUUCCGAUCGGGUUGAAUAACACGCGCGGCCCGCACCCGUUGUUCAACGGACACACACCGGCCGCCCGGGUUUACGGGGAAACAGCCGCGCGCGUAUUUCUCCGAGCUCGAACAGGAACCCAAAGGGUGCGCGCGCGGUGUGAAGUGGCGUGUCGCGUCCGGCGCGUUAUUAUAACCGCGCGUACCGCGGACAGGUCAAACUGCAUAAUGUUAUUAUGCACUUACGGUGGUGGUCGUAGUGCACGUUCUAACGUGUAGGCGCACGUUGAUUUAUGUCGGCGCGAGCUGAUUAAAAUACGUUUUGCGAUGCACAUAAAAUAUUAUUAUCAUAGCGAUUUUUCAAACCGCGCGUUCGGGCGAGAUAACAUGUCCGCGGUUCGUUGUAUUACACAGACACAAUAUAAAUAUAUACGUCCUGCCUAUCGUCGCACGCGCCGGACUUCGAACAAUUGACCGACCGAGUUUUUUACUUUUUUUUUUCCUAUCAAUAAAACGUCGUCGUGAUUAUAUUAUAGUAGAUCGCAGAGGCGUUCUCGGGAUUUUUUUUUAUUGGGGGCGGGGGUAUAUGAAAAUGUAUUGAAAAGCUAGCCGCGAGCCACUAAAAUGUUGAAUUUACAAAAUUAUAUCAUUUGUUCGUGAUAUUUGAGCCAGUACAUCAAUGAGUUCUACGGGAUCAAUUGGGACUUCUCUAUGGACGGCCAACAAUGUUGAUCCAUUGAGACGUUUCUAAAAAUCACUUACUAAAUUUUUCACUAAAAACGAUCGACGACAACAACAAAAAACCGGGAAAAUAUGUUGUCACUUUCGUCAUUGUUCGGCGAUAGUAUCGUGCGAUUAAUAUAUUGUUCAUAUCAAUUAUUAUAUAUGAACUCGACCGAUUAUAAAACCAGAAUCGCGUUAAAGAUAUUAAUCUGUAACCACAGACAUAUAAAAUACAAACACGGUCUGUAAUCAGUAUACGAGUAUUACGGAAAAUGAUAACGAGUCAAAAAUAUGUUUAUUGAUUAUAUUUAUUUAUUCGAUCGUUAUCACUAAGAAUAUCAGUUGAACGGGAAACUUGGUAUUGCCUAAAAAACAAAAAAAAUAAACAAAACAGAAAUCAAAUUCGUAUGGAAUUCUCCGAGAAAAUCGCCGGUUCCUAAACGCCGCGUUUAAAAAAAUCGAUCUAAAAAAAAAAAAACUUUUACCCGUUAAUAAUUAACAAUAGAUAAUAGUCGACUAUAAUAUUAUAUAGGAGGUGAUGCAGUACGGGCAUAUUACAAUGUGUGCGCAGUGGACGAGAGAAACGAUAAUAAACUCGCGGACUCUGUAUGACAUUGCACAUACCAUAAUGUAUAGUAUUCGGUUUUCAAAAUAAACCACAAACUCGGUCGGUACGAUAUUGUUAUUUAUGUACCUAGGUAGGGUUAUAAGCGAGAAAAAAAGAAUGGGGGGAAAAAAAAAAAAUCGUUCGAAACACUCCGCCGCCACAUCGAAAGCGUAUACAAGAAUAAUAUAAUGGCGUUCGCGCGCGGUUUCGUCGUCGCCGCCGCCGUCACUUUCGUCUUUAUUAAAUCGUUGGAAAUCGGACGUGAUUAAUAAAAUAACAAUAAUAAUAAUAAUAAAAAAAAAAAAAACACGAUACGAUAUUAUUGUUGUUACGAGUACCGAUCCGCACUGCGGGAUAUCCGAACGCGCCCGACACAAGUAAAUCGGACUCAGCGACCGUGAUGAAUAUUAUUCACUGCAGCGGGUCUCGUCUCGCGGUCGAUCGUUUUUUACAUCACGCGAUACACGUUUUUAUCAAAAAAUAUUAAAAAAAAAAAAAAAAAAUCGAUAAACUCCGCGUAAACGGUUUUCCCAUUCCCUCUCUUCCCGUUUCUCCCCGCCUUUUUAUCUCUUAUGCACAAUAUUAUCGCGUCUCGUUGUUCGGAAAUGAUAAGAAUUCGGUAAAUGAUAAAAUUUAGUAGUGAAAUAACAAUCGUCCCAUCGGACGUGAUUUUGCUAUGAAAAAUCGGGAUUUUUUGUCGAUCGAUUUCUUCCGUUCGCUUUACUUGAUUUCACAAACAAGCAAUUGAUUGAAACAAUGUUACAAUUACAUAUUAUAGUUGUAUUCAGUAUUCAUACGUUACGAAUUUAAAUAUAGAUUUGAAAUUACGCUAUCACUAUCGUAUUUAUUCUUAUCGUUUUUUUUUUUUUCAUAUCAUUUACCGACGACUGCUCCCUACUCUUACCUAACGCGAUUUUCAAACUGUGGAUUGUUAUAAAUUUUAAAUGCCAACACGAACACAAGCCGAUGCCCCUCCGGGAAAAGACCCCGGACCAAGCAAUAUUGGAUUUUUUUUCAGGUCGCAAUAUGUUGUAUUCCCUUAUCCUAUCGGGAGGGAGGCUCGGUGAGUACCGAGAGUUUUUUUUCUUUCAAAUUCGAUAACAUUUUUGAGCUAAGAUAAUAUUCUGGAUUUUAACGAUUGAUCGAAAAACAAUUGUUUUGUUUUAAAUUGUUUUACGAGAAACGGAUAAUUGUACAGAUAGGUACGAGAAAUUUAUCGUUUGCAUUAUAAUGAUGGACAUUUAUUCCUAACAAUAAUAGUUUUUACUAUCGACAGUUUAGAUGAACUAUCGAAUAUUUUAUUGGACUGUUUUUCUUGUUUUCCAUGACCCAAUACGGAAUAGUUACCGAACAUUUCGAGAACCUAUUCGAAUAGUCCGACAGUGAACGUUCGGUCGUGCCCAUCGCUGUAUAGGUUUACGUCGUAUUCGUCUACUGCAGUUGUACACCUACAUAAAUUUAAAAAUCUCUCUAUUAUUGCGGCGUUAACCGCAAUCGAUUACGGUUUUUUUCCGUUCUAUAAUAUAAUAUUUUACCGUCGUUUACACGGUCAACGCGAGACGACCGGCAGCGAUUUACUCGUAUAUUAUACGUGAGAGUCGGUCACCCCGCGACGACGACCGGCGGCGAUUUGUUGCCGUCGAAAAAUAAACAGCCGUAGGUAAAACCGAUAGUACACAGGGUGUACCGUAAAUAUUAUGAUCGUUGAAAUAUCUUGGAAACUAGUAGCUUUUUUCGUAUUUUUUUUUGUUUGUUUUCAAUUUUAGAAACUAGUAGUUCGAAAGUGUUACAUUAAUUUUUGUCUUCCUUAAUCCACCUACAUUUGAUUUUCAAAUGGCGACUUAUAUCAGAAAAUUCCAAUAAACAGACACAAGUAUUCGUUUAAAUAAAUUUUGGUGUUGAAUUUUCGAUUUCCGUCCACCUGUUGACGAGAUAUUCCACUUUUAAGUUUAGGUAGGGAGAGAGUGUGUAAUUUGUAUGGCGUUUGAAUAUGGUGUUCCUCUACUCUUAGUGGCGCAACCAGACGGGGUGUUUUGGGAGACACCCCACUACAUCGGUGCUUAAUUAACAUGAACGUGUUAAAAUCGAGUUUUUUUAUUUUAAAUGUAUACAUGUGACACCCCUCUUCAAAAAAUCCUGUUUGCGCCACCGUCUACUCUUCCCCUACGCAUACUUAAACGUAGAAUAUCUCGUUAACGGGUUGACGGAAAUCAAACGUUUCAACACCAAAAUGUAUUUAAAUUUUAAACCGACGUCUAUGGAAUUUUGAAUAUAGGUCUUGUUCAGCGGCGCCAAAUUCCCUAAAAUGUAGUCCUGCAAAAUACAUUUCAAGAAGCCCCGAAAAACCAAACACGGCUCGUUUUAUAUUCGAAAUUAUGGUUAGCGUAGGUUUUCAUUUCCGUAAUGAAGUAUGCAUUCGGUUUGCGGCCCAACAUUUGGCCCGGAAUUAUGCUUGAUUUUUUAUAGAAGUCGGUUCGUGGGACCUCGGGGACCUUAAGUGCGCGGGAUUCGGCGCUACUGUUAUUCCCAUGUUUGAAAAUCGAAAAUUGACGGCUAAUUCGCCCACAAAAAUAUGCAGCGAUGAUCAUAUCUGCGCGGAUCACCCUGUAUAAUAUACACGUAGACGAAAAAAAAAACAGCACGCGCGCGCACACACACACACACACACACACACACACACACACACUGUUUUUACCGUCCGCACCUUUAUUUUAUUAAUGUGCCGUAGUAAUCGUCACUGCGGUGGCGGCGGUGUCGUUUUUGUACGGAAAACGAAACAAUUUUAUGCGCACGACGACGUCGCAUCGCGCACGGCACACGUCACGACAAUAAUACAGAAUAAUAACAGUCCGCGCGGAACACGUAUCGCGUUAUUCCGUGCGCGUGAUUUCGUUACAACGCUGUAGCGAAUGAUCGCGCCGCAAGUCUGUCGAAAUACGACGAUAUCAUCGUACACGCGGUGUAUUUUUUAACCGCCGCGACGAAACGAUAACAACACAACGCGUCCCGUCCAUGGUGACGGUAAACGUUUACGCAAUAUCCAUCCAUGUAGGUGCAUGGUACUGCUGCGCAACUCGUGGGGUCGGAGCUCGGCGAUUACCGUACGGUAAACGGACAAACACUUAUCGCGCGUCGCGCCCCGGGGACCUACGGACGAUCUGAACGCUACAGGCGGUUCGCGAUUCAAACAAAACAAUAACACCCUGUAUAUCAGGCAGACGCGAAUGCGAUCCGACCGGUGUGAGGAUUCCCUACGUGCUAGGCGAUCAUCCGUCCGUUUCGUUUCGUGUAAAACCGUGCCUGCAGUUCCUUCUUCGCCACAACUAAUCGCCGUCUGCCUUCUCACUGCUCCCGCGUCGUGUAAACAGUUUGGCGAAUCGGUCGCUUUGCGAUUUGAAUCCUCCGAACGAAACACGAUAGACAAUGCGUAUUACUGCGAUGUGUUUUUGUUCGUGUUUGACCACGUGUAAACUGCUUUUCUACCGGAAGUCUUGCUCCGAUCAAAAACCCGACGGGAACCUUCUUGUAAAAUGUCCGAUCUUAGUAGCUCGGAAAAAUCGAAAACUUGUCGUUUAAUCUUCAUUGAUUUGUGGGGUCGCAACAAGCGGACAAAUACGAUUAGUAUGAUUAUACUCUGCUCGGAAUAUUGUAUUUCGUUAGCGAUGGCUUAUCGUUCCGUGCAGGUAUAAAUCAAAUUACUCUACAUAUCCUCGUAUAGUCAUACCGACAGUAAAAAUAACGGAUAUAGGACAUAAAACCUUAUCGAUCGAUGCGUUAUUUUUAUGUGAUCCGCGACUUUCGAUAAUUAAUUAAAAUAACAGUUUUAAACGUUUUAAUAUUAUCAUUAUUUUUUAGCGAUUAAUAAUUAAAUCAUUUUACGAACAGCAAAAAUGUCAGAUCUGAAUCGCGUACAGUAUUUUGUUUUACACUGUACAACACAUCACACCAUUUAACCAUAUUGCAUAAGCGAUAUGAAAAAAUAAAAACACAUUUGUAACGUAUAAAGAAUUUAGAGUAUAUUGUUUUUAAGAAAAUACAAAUAACGAUAACGUAAUGUAUGGGCAAUGGACGCACAGACGAAUAACAUAUAAGCGUUUUUGUAACAUAAUCUUCAAAAAGAUCCCCCCAAAUGUACCCCCUCCUCAUCACGUAUAGAAAAUCGAUGUUCUCUCUUUCCGAAAAAAAAAAAAAAAAAAACACGAGAUCCCUAUCCAUUCUUUUACUGUCUAUAAUAUAAUUAUGUACAAUGCACUUAUAUUCUCCAUCUAACUUCCUUACGAAAACACUGGUUUUACUCAUCAUUGGUCUAUUUUUCUAUACAUAAUUUGAAAUGUACAUCAGACAUUUCUUAUUGAAAGUAUACGCUGCUAAUGUCACGCAAUUCUCUCUUUUUACAACGUUUUCCGCGAUAACGACCGAAUAAUGUCCGAAUUUCUUUUCGAUUGUUCGUUAUUAUAGUAUUUAGGUCUUACUCGACGUUUCUUGUUGUUUUUUUUCUUCUUUUAAAAACACGUUUUUACAAAUUUAUUUAUGUGUAUAUAUAAAAAUGACUAGAAUUGUAGGAUUGUUGGAUCUAGAAAUAUUGCCGGUCAUCGUUGCAGAGUGAAUGUCAUUGUGAUAAAAUAAUCGACCGCGACCGCGAUGUGUGUAUUAGUUACCUGAAUAAUUUAUAGUUCGAAUCGACCGGAAUUUCAUUAAUCCCCCUCAGUACCUGUAGUCAACUGAUUCGUAUGAGAACAAAAAGAGGAUUGAAUUUACUUUAGAAAAUAUAGAAACACACCUCCGCCAUAGACUUUAAACAUUUACUUAUAUUAUACAUCCCGUUUACAAUCGAGUUCCGUUACGUUUUGUGUUGCAGGCACACCUCCAGUCACCCGAGUUACGAGGCCGCCCCGGAGCCGUUCGGCGGGCGGCAAAGAGACGCCCAGCCCGCAACAGUCUCCGUUCCGCCGGAACCGUUCCACGACUCAGUCGUCCAGACAUCAACCGACGCCGCCGCCCCUGACGAUCAGCCGGUCGCAAACGCCCACGCCCCGGAUGAGCCGCAGGUCACCGUCCGCGGACGGCGGGCAACCGCCGCCGCCGCCGCCGUUUUCGACGUCGUCGUCGCCGCUGGGCCGGAACAACACGUGGAACGCUGCCGGCGGCCGGCACUGGACGUCCAAACAGCGGCCGCAGUUGUCCGCGGACACGUUCUGCCAACAGGUGGCCGACCUGAUCAACCGGUACGCCGUGUUGGCGCCCAGCCCCCGGAAAGAUUCGAAACCCGAUUCGCCGAUCGUCACCCGGAUACCGGCGCCCGUUCAAAGGACCUGA